GGUAACUUUGCAGAAAACAAAAAAAAAAAAAAAAUCGAAAUCCAAAAAGGAAAAAAAGUAAUCUUGCUGCACAUAUUCUUUAAUUUCUUGAAUCGACAAAGGGUCGAUGGUAUCUGAGCAGAUAGGGUAAAUAAAUUCAGAGAGAUUGUGGAAAAUCCUGAGGAGAAAGAAGAAGAAACGAAAUUAGGGAUUAGGAAAAUUCUAAGAAAAUCGAAACCAUGACGCCCCUAUUUAAUGGAAUCAUGUUGGACCCGUUUUGGCGGCUCUCUCGGUGUGCUAUAGAAAGUCUGCCUACACGUGGUUGUCUCCUCUCUGCGUCUUUGUGCGAUUCCUCCCACCAUUUUUCACAUCGUCCUCGCUACUGUUUACCCCAUUCGUUUCUCUCUUUUUUAUAUAUUUUCUGGCGAUCGAUUGCUUUACUCUUCAGUUUUCGAAUCGCGGAAGUGUCGAUUGGGUUGGAGAAUAGGGGAAUUGCUUGAUUUUGGUGUUUGCCCCUUUUGUUGUUGAGUUUUUGUGAUUUGUGGAUUUGGGAUUUAGGGUUUAUUGGAGUGAAAUUUGGUGAUGGGCUGCGAACACCCUGAAUGGCUGCCUGCGGGUUGGAAGGUUAAAGUGAAGGCUCGAAGCUAUGGGAAGAAAGAUAGGUAUUACGUCAAUCCCGAUAAUAGCCUCAAAUUCAGCUCAAAGCUGGAAGUGCUUCGUUAUCUAGAAAGUUCUGUUAAGGAUGAUAAUGCCGACAGUCUGGAAAAGUCGUGUGCCGAGGCGGAAGGACAAAUGUCAAUCAGCGACAAUGUGGAUGAAAGUUUAUUGCGCGAUAAGAUUGGAAAGUCAGGCUCGAAAAAGUCUUUACUCAAAACGGGAGAAAGAAGACGGAGUCUAAGAUUGGCGGCGAAUAAACUGAAAGAUCAUGCCGUGGAAGACUCGUCGUCGUCCCAAACAGUAGGUGCUGUAAAAAACUCCGUCGCCGCCACCGCUACCAUCACCGUGCCUGAGACAACGAACAGGCCAAAUCCGACAGAAAGCGCGGUGGAAGGCCAGCGGGAUUCGAGUCUUUCGACAUCGAAGUCGAGGGGCUCUAAAAGAAAGUCGGCAAGUGACUUACCUCGGAGAACUUCGAAAAGACUCGCCGGAGUGAAAAUCGAGAUCGAAUCAGAUCUUAAACCCGCCAAAGCUACUCGCAAAUCUAUGGCGCCCGAGAUCGACACCGAAGGGCAAACCGACGAUCGGAGAAACCCGGAUGAUAAUCAGCUCAGUCUGCCGUCAAUCGACGGCGGCGGCAAGAACAUCGACGAAAAGCAGCGGCUGGAUGCGUUGCUGCAACAAUUUCUGAUGGACCCGUGCAUCGCGUUCGCCUUCAAGCUUCUGACGGGCGAAAUCCCAGUCGAGGAAUUGACGGGAGCGGACUACCGUCGUAGUUUAGGUGUCAGCCCGACGUCGUCCCUGGCGUCGCCUAAUCAAGCCUCGGCAUCCACGGCGCCUUCUGCCAAUAUCUGGGGCGAUCCCUCCGUCGAAUUCGCCGUCAAGACGCUGACUGGAAAUGCGCCUACUUCGUCGCAGCCGGAGAUUAGCCUCCGGCGAGGCGACGGCCGGUCAUCGGCGACGUCGAGGGUAGAUAAUAUUUACCCUUCAAAAUGUUCAUUUACCAGAGGGGAUGCUGUGAAAACACAGUCACCGGGCGUUGGGGAUAAGGGGCAGAGAAAGGAUUUAUAAUAGGAGUUGUUAUUUUUUAAAUUAAUUUUAUUUUAAAUUUGAAUUGAUUGGUAAAAAUGGAUGGAAUGAAGAGAAUUGAUUGGUGGUAGAAUUGUUUGGUAAAAUUGGAUGCGUAACGUCGGGUACUGUAAAUUAUCUUCAUGUGUUUGUGUACUAAUGAA